UAAGCCACCUAGAUCUCGCGACCAUCGGUGCAGCUUCUUCAUUUCGGCACCUGCAGCGCGAUUAAUCUGGACAAGAAAAUUUUUUUGGUAAAUAAGAUAAUAAACAAAACAGAUUAAACACGAUAAAAAACUGAAAAAGCUAUUUUCUAAAAAUUUAAUUAAACCGAUAAUCAGAAUUUUGACGUAAUUUUUCACGAUGAUUACAAUUUUUAGUCGUUUGAAGUGUUUCAAUACAGUUGUAACUUGAAUGUGGAAGAAUACUUAAAGUUAAAAGCAGUUUUGCACUGAAUCAAUGAGUUCAGGUAUUAUCUUUACAAGAUAAAUUUUCGCCUAGUUUUUGGAUUAUUCGAGUUUACCUAUGCUGUUCGCUUGACAGGCUUUUUAGUAUCGCAGCAAUCGCAGGUUUCAAUAGUGGAAAGUACGUUAAAGUAAACAUGACCGACAUUGAAGCUGGUGGUAGCCGGAAUAAUGCCCCGCGAAUGGAGAAUAAAUACGAAGAAAAUCAACCACAUCGAUCCGAAUUGAUAGAAGUAAUUGCUACAGUAGCCUCUGUUGUAUUUCUAGUGAUUACGUUCCCCAUUUCCGUGUUUUAUUGUUUUAAGGUUGUUCAAGAAUACGAAAGAGCUGUUAUAUUUAGAUUGGGUCGUUUGAGGGCAGGAAAUGCUCGAGGUCCUGGAAUAUUCUUCAUCAUACCGUGUAUCGAUAAUUAUACCAAAGUCGAUUUGAGAACGGUUUCUUUCGAUGUGCCACCUCAAGAGGUUUUGACAAAGGACCAUGUGACGGUUAGCGUCGACGCUGUCGUUUACUAUUGCAUUCAAAAUCCUUUGCAUGCCGUAGUUAAUGUGACCGAUUAUAGCCAUUCUACGAGAUUAUUGGCGGCUACAACGUUGAGAAAUGUAUUGGGAACGCGUAAUUUAUCAGAAAUUUUAUCGGACCGUGCUGCCAUUACUCAUACCAUGCAAUCACAACUCGAUGUUGCCACCGAUCCUUGGGGUAUUAAAGUUGAGCGAGUAGAAAUAAAAGACGUACGAUUACCUACCCAAUUACAACGUGCCAUGGCUGCCGAAGCUGAAGCUGCUAGAGAAGCUCGUGCUAAAGUGAUAGCUGCGGAGGGAGAAAUGAAAGCUUCUAGAGCGUUGAAAGAAGCAUCGGAUGUUAUCAUUGAAAGUCCGGCUGCCUUACAACUUCGUUAUUUACAAACUUUGAACACGAUUUCGGCCGAGAAAAAUUCGACCAUCAUAUUCCCAUUGCCAAUCGAUCUGUUGCAAGCGUUUAUGCCAGAUUUGAGGAAAAAGUAAACUGCAUCGCUUUUUCAGCACAUUUUGUUCGAGUCAUUUCUACAAUUAAUAUUAAAAGUACUCCUGUCAUGUUGUUGUUCAUGUUUACAAACGUUUUUCUCUCUUAUAUUGUAUAUUGAGCUUAUUACAGUGUAGGAAAACAAUCGUAUUUGACUUCAGAAAUUCCUUCAGGUUACCCAAUUCCUAAUAAUUUUUCAGAUUUCUGGAAAAAAGUGCUAGAAAAACCCGCGAAUAAUUUAUCUAUCUGACAAUUUUAUGUAUUUGUAUUUUUCAAAGAAAACCAAAAGUCUGUCUCUUCCGUUGUUGAAAAUCAGCUUCCGUGUAUUCUCUCAUACCUAUUGGUUUUUACUCUUUCCAUAUUUUAAUACUCGUAAUAUAUAUAGUGGCUUUGUACGUCACAGCGUUUUCCUUAUUGUUAUGCACUUCAUUAUGAUACUUACUUCUUUUUGUUUUUGUUUUUAUACUUAUGAUUAAAAACCACGCACAAUUUUAAAAACGAGAAGUUACCUUUUAAGUGUUUCUGUUUUUUUUUUCAACAUAGAGAACGCCAAUUUAUACUCGAUUGUUGUUUUAAAAGGUGUUAAUUUAUUGCUAUCUUUCUCUCUAUGUAUUUUAAUUUGUUAAUGAAUUCUCGUACCAUUUUAUAUGUAUUUCAUUAUUUGCUAGAAAUUAUUAUCCAAGCAUUUAUUAUGAUUUAUGAGUAUCGUUGCGAAACAUAAGAUGAUGUUAUCGUAGAACUAUCGAUUGUUUACUUUCAUGAUUUUUCAUCUCACUUAUUUUAAAAAAAAAUUAUUUUUAAAAUUCACCAUCAAAUGCUAACGAUAAGGUAGUGUUACUUUCAAUUUUUUAAAACCUAAAUUCUUGUUUGAAAAUGUACAUUGGUACCUACAUUUACGAAACACUAGCCAUGAUGGUAGCAUUUAUGCAGCGUAUAAGUAUCAUAGUAAAUUAAGUAUACGUAUGUAAGUGAUUUUAUAACUCAAGUUUCAAAGCAUUUAAUAAAUAUUUUUAAUUUUG